CUUAUCAUCUGGCUAAUGGCAUUUCAAGUUAUUUUCAUAAAGUUAUUUGAAAGGGUUGCUUUUAUUGAACUUGUGCUAUUCCUUAGAUACGACUGUUAUAGGGUUUAUAAGAGAUAUGCUUCAUUUAUUAUUAUUAUUAUUAUUAUUAGUACUACAACUGCUACUACUUUUUUGAUACUUAUCUGUUGUCUCAACUGCUCUCCUUCCCAGAUCUUGGAUUUCACAGAUCAUGUUUGGACAGAAUGCUUCUCGUCAUAUUUAGGAAGAUGGAUGCAUCUUGAUCCCUGUGAGGGAAUUUUUGACAAUCCACUGUUAUAUGAGAAGGGCUGGAAUAAGAAGUUGAACUAUGUAAUUGCCAUAGCCAAAGAUGGAGUCUAUGACGUCACUAAGCGUUAUACAAAGAAGUGGCACGAUGUUCUGUCUAGAAGAGUCUUAACUACAGAAUCUACUCUUGCAGCUAUUAUCUUCAAUAUCAGAGGAGAAUGUCGUAAAAAUACUACACCUGAGAUGCUUUUGAAUCUUGAUAAACGUGAUAGGAGUGAAGCAGAAGAACUUGAGAGGAGCUUAUCUUCUAAAGAUGAUGCUUCAAUCUCUUUACCCGGAAGACAAAGUGGGGACAGAGAAUGGCGCAUAUCGAGAUCUGAAUUUGUCUCUGAUGACCAAUACGCUUCGAAUUCAUCUUGUCCACUUCGUAGGUGUGUAGAUGAGCAUGUAACAAAGAUAUACAAUGCAUUUUUUCCGGUCGUUUGUGAAUUAGUGGAGAAAUCUUUGGAUAAAUCUAGAGCUAUUGAACUCCUAGAAACUUUCAAAAUGAUCUUGGUUAAUCUGAAGAAUUCCCCUUUCAAAACAAGGAGAACUACUAUAAAUGCUGUAUCAAAUGGUGCUCGAUUGUUCAUUGAGAUGCUUCCCCAUUUUGCUCAAUUGUUGAAUGCCCUUUCGCUGAAGAGAGAGUCAAGCGUCAAGGGGACAACUGAAAUUUGUUUGGCUUCUGAUCCUGUAAAAACAUCAGUGGCUCUGCCAGUUGUGUUUCAUGCCCUCGAUGAUUUGAUUUAUAAUAUUAAUAUUUGUGGGAAGUUGACUAAAGAGUCUCUAUCUUGGCCUCUUCUGAAGUUAAAUAGAAUAUGUUCUGGUAUUGUCCUUGCAAGUGGGGAGGAGCUUCCUUUUGGAAUUGUCACAUCUACAUUUGAUGGAACUCGAAUGUCAAAGUGGAAAGAACCAAAUGGUGCAACAGGUUGCUGGAUCAUAUAUAAGUUAAUUGAUAACCAGAAGCAUGAGCUAGUGGCAUAUGAAUUGAUGUCAGCCAAUGAUGCUCCAGAGGCUGAUCCUAUGGACUGGGUCGUUGAAGGAAGUGAUGAUGGAGGCUCCACUUGGCACAUUUUGGACAAACAAAUUUCUCAGACGUUUGAUACACGCUUCCAGCGAAAAACAUUUGAAGUCAAAUCACCCACAUUGUUAGCAAAUGCCUUCAGGUUUAGGUUUCUGGUAGUUCGAGAUGCAAAGGCAACUUCACAGCUUCAAAUCGGCAGCAUUGACCUCUACGCAAGAAAGUCUGGAUAACCAACUUGGAUGUUGCUUGCUGAAAUCCUGAAGAUGAUAAAUUAGAAAAAGUGCGAAUUGAUGUUAAAAUACAUAUAUGUUGAUGUCUGGUGUACUCUAGAACAACUGAUAUUUGUCAACUGAAUUUUAGUAGCCAUAUCUAGUCUCUAAAUCACUACGGGGCAACCUCCACCCUUGACAACGCAUCGUGGACUAAAAUUGGAGUCACUAUAUCUUAUAUGUAACUGUGUGACCCAAUAACAAGGGAGUUUAAUUGGAUUUGGCUUUUAUUUUGAUUGUAA